AUGGAUACUCUGUCACCCAACAACGGCUCCAAGUCGAGCUCCAGCGGCAGUUCGGCGGCCAGUUCCUCAAUGGAUCUGGGCAAGCAGCAGCAGAAAGAGAAGCUGCAUCGUCAUCCAAGGAAUGGGCCCAAAAAGCUAUCCCGCUCCCGGAGUUUGCUGCAGUUGCUCAGCAGACACUUGGGCAGGCAUUUCCAUCAUCAGAAUCACCACAACGAUACGGUCUACAGCAGUCAGGAUGAUAUCAGAAGCAGCUCCACGGAUUCCUUCAGUUUGAGCUACGAACGGGGCAGCCAUGAGUGUCCCAUCAAUGGUUCAUCUCUGGACCUGGAACACACUUCUCGCACGUCGAGCGCCUCAGCUUGCUCCAGAUACUCGCCUGGCUUGGAUUACUACGAUCAGCAGGGACAUAUUUAUGUGGAGGCUGUCUACAGACCAGGCAGUGCCAUGGAGCAACUGCAUCCGCAGCUGCAUUUCGAAGAGGACACCAGCGAGGAGGGCAGCAGUAAUGAGGCGGAGGAUGAGGUGGAGCUGGGCAAUGAUGAGAACGAAAACAGCAAGCCACGAUCUGCAUCAGCCGCGUCCGCCAAGUCCCCGGGACUGCAUCUCAGCCGGAUUUCCAUCUCCUCCUCGGUGAGCCGCAUGCUGCAGCAUUUCUCCAGUCCCACGGGAAAUGUCUCGAUGCGCUCGUUAUCCUGCAGCAGCACUCCAUUGCGACAGCCCAAGAAAUCCCUGUCGCCUAACAAUUCCAACAGCAGCAGCAGUAGCAGCCACUCCGGCUCCAGUUCCAAGUCCUCCGGUGCUCCUGCCUCCAAGAAGGACAAGAAACAGCAGAGCAUCCUGCGACCGCCAGUCCAAUAUGUCUACAUGAAGGGCAUGUCGGGGCUAUACUCCCGAGUGCCCAGCUAUGCGGUCUGCUAUCCCUACACCCUGCAGCACAUGUACUAAGAAUCGAUCAUACCAAAAAUGUUUAAAAUAAGGGAAAAUAUUCGAGGAAGCUGCAAGCUGGUUGGGGGUCUUGAACAAUAUACUUAGGAAUUUUUAGUGAUGUACGAGUAGUGCCUGAAAAACCGAGAUUUGAGUAGAGAGGAGGAGGAAGACAUGGGGGUUUACAAAAUACAUAAAGAGCAGCGAACAUAUUUUAUAAAUGUGUCAAAGCUGAGUUCGCAAACAGCCUGCGAACUGGGCCCAAAAUAAGUGUACCUAAAGACAAGCCCCGAAAAUCAAAAAACAGAAACCUAUUUAUGUGCUACGAUAUACACCUUAGAUGAUCUAAUUGUCUUCGGCUAAUUUAGGGACUUUAAGUUUACAAACCGAAAUAAAUUAACUUUAGCUUAAAGUAAAACCAAAACUGUUAUUUAGAAGCCCCUCACAUAUCCUUCUAAAGUAGCUAUUAAAAAAUACGAUUUUGAGCCC